AUGCCCCAAAAGAUCGUCCUCAUUCGACUUUCCAAACGAUUAAAUCCAUUUCGCAAAAUUUGGCAUACCGAACGAUCACAACGAAUUCUGGAUUGGGCUGGGUUGGAACCUUGGUCUGAGGUUCAGAUUGAAAAUAGGAAUACCAAGAAUAAGAACAAUAUGGAGAAACAUACCGGUAGCACCGAGAAGGAAAUAUUCAACGAUAGAAUGUCGGAUAAGAAGAAGGGAGGUCUUGGUCUGCCUAUGGAAUGUGAAUCGGCUAUUGCUCAAUAUUUACCAACCGCCGAUUUGCUUGCGCUCUCCCUCGUUUCGAAGCAUUUAAGGGAUCUAGCAGCAGAAGAAAUAUAUCGAAGCUUCCAUAUUGUCUUUCCAAGUGAAGAACAUGAUAAAGUUCAAUGCCCGGUCGAUAGUUUGGCGGCGGGGUUGAACACCUUCGUCACAAGCGAUUACAACUACUCCAGACAUUUAAAGGAAAUCAUACUUGAGCCUCUACUAGGAGGCGAAAAAUCAGAACAAGACUACCGUGCCUAUCUAUACGAUACGACCUGUGGGAAAUUCUUGAAUACGAUGUUGCUCUUGACUUUGCGCAAAACUGAGGCUCUUGAGACUUUUAAAUGGGAUAUUCGUGUGGAGCUGAGUAAGGAGGUUCUCAAAGAAUUACAUCGCAUUGACGCUCUACAGCAUUUUCAUGUUCGAAUGCAAGCUGUACGCUCAAUCUCUGCUUCUCCGACCAAUCCAAGUCCAACUUCCUCGACGUAUAACGCCUCAAUACCCAUUUUCCCUCAUCAUCUCAGUGUAGUCCAGUCAUCAAUCACAGCAGCGAAGACAAAACAAAGUGGAUCGGACAGUCGGAGUACAGUCAACAAAGGGAUGUCUCGAACUAUCUCGGGGUUCAAAAACCUGAAGACUCUCUCUGUCCUUGAUAUGGAUAACUUGCAUUAUCUAUCCGAAAUUCAAGAAUGUAUAGAGAACUCAUCGACAACUUUAUAUUCACUGAAAUUGUCUUUUUCGGAGGAACUUGCUUCCAGAUCCAGAAAACCGUCUCCGCAAAGUCUUCCAGCUGACGAUGUAACGGAAACCGAAGAUUAUUUCGGUCCAGUGGUACAAGCCCCUGGCUCCUCACAAGAUGUUGAGCCUGAUACAAACAGUUUCUCAAAGGUGUUACGAGCUGCGCAGGAAAGAAGAGCACAUGAAGCAGCUCUGGGAAAGAUCUUUGGUAUUGAGCCAUCAAGUUCAAAAGGCGGUGCUGAUUCGACUACUCGGAAGGAAGGUGAAUCAGAGCGUGAACAAAAGGGAAGCAAAGGGGAGGCUGCGAUCGUAAAGAUGUUUCUAGAUAUACCAAAACAAGCGGCGAAGUAUAUGGCUGAACAAAACUUCACAGUGCCUGAUGAUAUAAGAAAGAGCGUCCAGGCAUUGAUCGAGAAGGCUUUACAGCCCUGCGUUGAGACCUUGAAAAAGAGAGAUGAACCUGCUGAUAAGCUAGACAGCAGUGAUACAGAAGAGGUCAGUGGGGAACAAUCUAAAUCAUCAAUUGUGGUCAAUCCUGUAGACGAAGGUACUAUGGACGUGGUUGAGUCUCAAGAUGAACCCAGUCUUUUCGACGAAUCGAAAACAGCAACAAAGGCGGCUAAAUUCAAGGAAAUCGUAGAUCCAGAUGAUAUCGAUAUCGAAGAACCGGAAGCACAAGAGUUCAUGGAAGAUCUCGAAACUCUUGAAGGCGUCACUACUGGACCCGAGACUAAUUCUGAGACGGUAUCCAUGGAAGCACAAGGACAUCAAGCCUCGGAGGCUGUUGGUGAGACAACUGCUCCGGAACCACUUCACAUUUUGGGAGUUGAUUCUGCUGAGAAGGCUGAACAAACUUCAAAGCAGGUUGAUACAAACAGUAAGGGAGAGCCAAAAGGAACCGAGACUCAUAUCAACGAUGCCAAUAAUGAGAUGAGUGAGUACAUUCGAAAGACUCGUGGCCUUGCCCUUAGGAGCUUGUCGAUCUACCUGAUACCUCUGAGAACUUCCGUUAUAACAAAGGCUAUCGACAUCAGCGUAUUAAGGAGUAUCACUUUACUUGAAGUUGGGGGCCAAACUUCAUUCUGGAAUCUGAUAGCACGCGAAAACAAAGUCAAUCCUCUCCCGCUACAUGAAAUUUACACAGACCACGUCACACUACCUUUUCUAGAAUGCGUCGGGCAGCUUCGAAAAGUUACCAUGUUAUGCAUGCUUGAACGCCCAUCAAAGAAAAAAGUCGAAAGCACAGCUGUGAGCACAACAGUCACCAUGGCUCAAAUCCGAAAGUUGGUGUUAAAGAAGCAUGCCCCAACAUUGAAGGUCCUGUCCAUACACCAGGAGAAGCGUUCUCGUCUAGAAUCAUCCUUUGCGUGGGAUCUUGAUACCAAAAGCGCGGUGUUGUUAUGUCGGUCAGCUAGAAAUUUGGAGGAAUUGGCUGCUGCCUUCGAUGUUUCAAUAAUGCACAUCAUCAAUCAAAACCUCUCCGGGCUCAAGAAUCUCCGUGCUCUUCAUGCCAUCGAUUUCCGCUCCGAAGAUACCUGCUUCUGGGUGUCGAGAGAAUUUCGGAAAUUCACCGUGGACAGUAUUGCCCACAACCCCGAUUGUAAGCUCGAGUAUAUUGCUCUUAAAAAUUCGAUCAUUCGGCUUUUUCGUCGCGUUAAACGGUGUCCGUUGCCUAAAUUGAGGGAAGUUGGUCUUCUUUUUGGAAAAGCUAAGUCGCAACUUGAUUUCGCUUAUCAGGUGACAGAGGCAGCUGCUGCAAAUGGUGGAAGUGGAAGUGGAAGUGGAGCAGCAGGACAGUUAACCGGUUUAGAUUUAGAGGGACAAACGUUGGACAUGGCGUUGGGGCAAUCGAUGAUCGAGAAUAUUCUGGACAUUAACACGACAGAAUCACCGAGCUCGGAGGAUGAGGAUGAUUAUGAUGAUGAGUUUGCGGAUGAGGUUGGUGUGGGUAGUAUGGGUAUGAAGGUCGAGAGUGUUGAUGGAUUUAAAUUUCAUGAUAUUCAGGGGGUCAGGAUUUUUGAAAAGGAUGUUGUUUGGAAGAGGCUUUAG